GAAGGCGGUAGAGGUCAAAGUUGAAUGUUUGACACAGAGCCGAAAAUGGAUUCCAUAUUUCAUGAGAAACAAGAGGGCUCUCUUUGUGCCCAGCACUGCCUAAACAACCUUUUGCAGGGUGAGUAUUUUACUCCAGUAGAUCUGUCCUCUAUUGCUCAUCAGCUCGAUGAAGAGGAGAGGAUGAGGAUGGCAGAGGGGGGUGUAUCCAGUGAGGAAUACAGGACUUUUUUACAGCAACCAUCUGGGAACAUGGACGACAGUGGGUUCUUUUCAAUACAAGUAAUUAGCAAUGCUCUUCGAGUCUGGGGCUUGGAACUAAUCCUCUUCAAUAGUCGGGAGUACCAGAGUCUUAUGAUAAAUCCAGUAAAUGAGAAAGCCUUUAUUUGCAACUAUAAAGAACACUGGUUUACUAUACGCAAACUUGGACAACAGUGGUUUAAUCUGAAUUCACUGUUGACUGGACCAGAGUUGAUAUCAGACACAUAUUUAGCACUUUUCCUUGCACAGCUACAACAAGAAGGCUAUUCCAUAUUUGUGAUUCGAGGAAAUCUCCCUGAAUGUGAGGCAGAGCAAAUUCUUGGGAUUAUGAGGGUUCAUCAGCAGCAGCGGCCCAGGCUCAUUGGAGAGGAAGAAGCCCAGACUAGUGCAGGAAGGUCAGCCGCUGUGGCCCAGACAGAGGCGGGUCUUGGUGUAGAGGAUGAGGCCGUGGAUGAAGACGAAGAGCUAAAGAGAGCUCUGGCACUCAGUAGACAGGCCAUGGAUGUGGAAGAUGAAGAUGCUGAUCUUCGCAGAGCUAUACAGCUCAGCAUGCAAGGAGCAACAUUGAGCAACAUGUCAGAUUGUGAGGUGGAAAACAUAAAGACAGUCAGUCAGCCUGCAGUGAACCCUACUGGAGGACAAAAUGAGAUACUUACGGCUGAAGAGCUAAGGAAGAGGAGACGAGCCUACUUUGAUCGACAGCAGCAACAGGCUCAGCCAAACAUUCCUCAAGAAUCAGACAAACAUUCAAGUGAUUCAGGGUCAGUAAGCACUGGCUCUGAGGAGGACCAACAACAUAAGCCUAGCCAGUAAGGUUAUGGAAGGUUUGUCUAUGGUGUUUACCCACAGCCUGACUGAGAAUCUCUCACAGGAGUAGCUUUGCUCCCUCUUCUAACCUUUUGCAUAUGCAAACAUAAGGGCAGUCAGGAGGCUAACAUGUGGUCCCCCUCCCCUCCAACAUUAGUUUGCUGGCAGGCCAUAAAGAAAAGAACAAGAAAAAGAGAGCACUUUAAAGUGACGCUUUGUGUUUGGGAAAAGGGUGACUACUGGACUCAAGAGGACACAAUGCAGUUGAUCCAAGCUUGCGAUUGCCUUUUUACCAUGGCGCCUUCUAUUUCUAUUGCAUACAUUUUUAAAUCCUGUUUUCUUUUUCUGACGUUCAUGGAAAGAAAAAACAUACAGAUGUUUGCUUGUUUGGGAAUGAGAACACAGUGAGAUGAGCAUUCUGUAAAAGCAAUAUGAGACCAAUGUUUUACCCAAAGCUUUAUGCAUCCUGACAAAGCCUCCUGCUCUUGUGUUGGAUAUGGGUUUGUGCAACUUGAGAGUAAUUAAAACACCCAACCCACCAGAACAUAAAUAUGGUUCUGUAAUCAUUCAGUCAUUUUUGUCACUCUGCACCAAAUUAUGUUUCGGUCAGAAACACUAAAA